CUGAAAACCCAUCAUUCUAGUAGAUAAUUGGGGCUCAUGUGGGUUGUUCAACGCGCUCAAGUGUUGGGAUAUCGACGGCUGGACUUCCGGUCUUGUCGAAUAAAUCCUAUUUGGCAGCGCUUACCUCUAGGCUACGCGAAGCAAAGCCCUGUCCUUGCAGCAACGUCCGUGUUGGUGGGCUCCACUACCGUACCGCGCUUGAUACUUACAAGGAGCGAAGCUCCCUCUUCGAAUUCCCUUCAACCCCGCUUUCGGCCCCGGAGACUUAUCAUAGAUCCUGACGUUUUUCGGAUAAAGGGGACUAUUAUACCUGAAGUCCUCCCCGUCACGGGCUUUUUUGCCACCUACGCCUCAAUCUUCACGUACCUGCACUAUACAGUUGCUGGUCAAUCGCUGGCAGUGGGAUCACAUCUGAUUCCCAUACUCAGCUUUGUUGUCGGGUUACUUUUGGCAUUCCGGACGAACCUUGCAUAUGAUAGGUUUUGGGAAGGAAGAAAGCUCUGGGCCAAUUUUGUUGCGUUAUCUCGCAACCUUGCCCGCCUGACUUGGGUAAGCAAUCCAUCGUCACAUGUACUCCAGGACGGAUCCCCGAAUCAGGCUGCCAUACAAGCAAAAGAAAGGCUCGUUCGACUGACGAUAGCGCUGGCAGUGUCUACAAAGCACCAUCUUCGACAUGAACCUGGUCCAAAUUACCCCGAUCUCGUGCACCUACUGCCCCCAGAGUUUGUGGAGCGAGUUGGGUCAGCCUCGACUGGGAAAACAAAACCUUUGAUUGCAGGGACCAUUGGCGCUCGAAACCUGCCCAUGGAAAUAUCGCAUCUGAUGUCGUCCCAAAUGCUGGAGCUACGAGACAAGGUUUACAUUGACUCUAACCUGUACGGUGCAAUGGUUUUCAUACUCAACGAUUUGGUUCAAACAAUCAGUAGCAUGGAACGGGUGUCAUCGACACCUAUGCCUACUGCAUACACAGUGCAUUUGAAACAAGUUCUAGGGCUAUACUGCCUAGCUCUUCCACCGCAACUGAUAGGGCAGCUCGCGCUCUUUCAAGUUCCAGUCGUCAGUCUUGCUGCAUUUGCACUGUUCGGUGUAGCGCGAAUUGGCGAUGAAAUCGAGGAUCCUUUUGGUUACGAUCCGAAUGAUCUCAAGCUAGACCAAUUUUGUGAAGACUUGAAGCUCGAGCUUGAGGCCAUGAUGGAGGAACCGCCGCUCACUAUAGAAUCUCGGUCUACUACUUAACCCUUUAAAGUUGUCCUGUCCAUGAAUGAAAAUGUUGACAAAUACCAAAAACAUUUUGCCCUUUGGCCAUGGACAAUUUGUGUAGCUGA